AUGACCGUCCUCAAAGAGGGCUCGAUGGCCUGCACCAGGGCCAACAGCAUCAACUUCACCAACGAGCUCGCCCAGCGCCAAAACGCAUGCGCCAUUAUCCUAACAGAACACAACCACCAGACACCCGACGUGCUCUGGAAACCAGAAGACGGCGAAGGUCGCGAGUCCUUCUCCGAGGGCGACAAAGCCAAAUUCAAGCUCGUCACAACCGUGGACCGAGUCGACGGCAAAGACGGUACCGGCAAACUCAUCUGGCCACCCAAGUUCACCCGUCUCAGUGACGAACUGGUCUACCUGGCGACCAAGUUCUUGAAGGCCAGCGAGCGAGGUGCCAACUAUCCGUACGACUUCAAUGAUCGCGGGGAUAUUCGCGAGCAACGCGUUCCGUCGGGUGUCUCGCCGAUUGUCUGGGCUCACGGGCUGCCCUUCUUCCCUGUCUUCAAGGGCUAUUACAUUCUCUGUGGACGCGAGCAUGCCCAGUGGGUGGGCUGGCUCCUGAACAAGAAGGAACACAGGGUCACGGUGGGAUAUCCGAUGUGGACGAUUGGUCCUGUCGUGGCGCCUGGUUCGGCUGUGAGUCUUCCUCGCACUGUGACCCGCCAGAUGCACCUGCACGUCCCCAAGAGCGCGAAGGAUGUGGAGCGAAAAUGGGAAAAGGUCGACACUGCGCGUGACGUGGUGUGUACGGCUCAUUAUCUGAUGUCCGUUGUGCCUAAGACUCCGUCUAAGGGAUUCAUUCUGGCUCCUAUCUAUCAGGUUGACGGGUACCAUGUGCGCUGUGGACCGAACACGCUUGCUAGUGGUAAGGGUGUUGAGAUUGGACGGCGCACGUUGUCGACUCAUGGGGUCCAUGAUUUCGAUUACGAUGCCUCGUUGAAAAGACCCUAUGCUAAUGAGGAGAAUCCCGCGGCUAUUCACUCUGAUGACAGUAGUGAUACUGAGGAAGAGGACUCGGAGGCUACGGAGCCGAUGAGCGGCAUGGACGAGGAUGAAGAUGGUCGUGACGAUGGCUCGUUCGUCUUGUCUUCAGAGGAGAGUGCUGAGGCUGGUGAUAUCGUUGAGGAGCACCCGAGAAAGAAACUCAAGAAAGAUGUUGCUGCCUCCGACAAGACUGAGAGCCAGCCUCAGACCAGUGACCUGGGUGUGAAGUCUUCCAAGAACUUCAAGGCUACGAAUGCUGCAGACCGUGUCACUUCGCUCACGUCUUUCCUUAGCGAUCAGGAGACUCACGAGCUAUCCGGAUCCCCGAGUAGUUCUCUCGCCGUCGAGUGUAACAGCGAGGCCACAACCACCAUCACUGUCAAACACGUCGCAGAUACCAAGAAUACUCCUAACGCUGUGCUUACUGAAGCUGUCUAUCAAGACGCUGCCACCCAGACAACAGCUGUCAGUUCAAGCAGUCAUGUCCUCAGCAGCACAGCCGAUAUCAACAAUGCUCCCUCCGACAAGACCACCACUCACGCCAAUGACACCACCGAAGCCCUAACAACCCACCCCAUCAACAAACACGCAACCCACCACGCCGAAACCAUCCACAUCCACACUGCCACCGAGACCGAGACCGAGACCAAGACCCUCAACGAAUACGAAGACGACGAGGCCUUCCGCAGCGCUCAGAACACUCAGCUCAGCGCUUAUCCCGCCCCACUCUCUCCCAGGGAAGUCUCCCAGGAACCCGAGAAAGACAUACUGCAAGACUGA